CUAGAUUCCCCCUCACACCCCCACACCGUCACACGAUAUCUCUUCUCCUACACGAACUGAACAAAACAAAACAAAGGGGAUAACAAAAAACCCUCCACUUCCCAAAACCAUUACCCAGAAAUGGCAAUAUCUUCCGGCGUUUUCUCCACCGCUUUUCUCUCCCCCGAAACGGCGUCGUUCCUUAUACCCUCCAUCCGGCCCAGCCUCAUUGCUUCCGGUAAUCUCCGCAUGGUUCGUACUGUGACCUUAGCCACUGCCUCCAAGCCCGCUACAGGAAAGCGUGAGCCACGUGGCAUUAGGAAGCCUCGCCCCGUGUCUCCUGAAAUGCAAGCACUUGUCGGUGUCCCUGAAAUCCCUCGCACUCAGGCUCUCAAACAGAUUUGGGCUUAUAUCAAAGAACACAAUCUUCAGGAUCCUGAAAACAAGAAGGUCAUAGUUUGUGACGAGAAGCUGAAGAAGAUAUUUGGAGGAAAGGAUCGAGUUGGCUUCCUUGAGAUUGCAGGGUUGAUUAGUCCUCAUUUUCUGUAAUGAAAUCCAAGAGAAUGGAUCGAAUAGCUGGGAACCAUAAUUUGUUUGAGGAGUUUGUAUUUUGGUGGAUCAUACUAGUGAAGGUGGAUGUUGCUUUCUGCAAUUAGUAGUAUUUUUAGUCUUGGUAGUAUUGGCGUACAGAAGUACAACUGUUUAAUUGAGUUUUUGGCUUCUGGUUCCUUAAGAUGUAGGUUCUUUAAUGCAAUAUUAUUACUUGUUGCAGGGGUU